AUCCCGGGGCGCGUGUCUGCGGAGUCCAGGGCGCAGCGGAAGGCUGCGGCGCGCCGCUGAAUGAACUGAUGAGAGCGAGUUCUCAGCUUGCCCCUGAGGGGAGCGGAGCGAGGGUCCCGGCGGGCACGGCAGAGGCGCCGGGGGCGGGCUAGCGGUCCCGGGCCGCCGUGGAAAUUUCCAAGGACUUGGCGCGGCUGGGAGAGCACGUCUUGGGGGGUGCCGGGCACCGCGGCGGCGCAGGAGGCGGGGGAAAGGGCGGUGCAGGGCGCAGGAGCAUCUUUAUCUGGAAGGGACACAGCGGGUCAGAUGUCCCGGAGCCAGCCGCACCUCUUCCACGACCCCAGCCGAGGGCGGCUGUGAUGCUGUAGUAAGGGCGGCAGCAGCUGGCCCCACUGCUCUCGCCCAAACCCCUCCGUCGCCUACCUCUGCAGGGAAAGGGACCAUGGCUCGUGACUUGCCCGGAGGCCACUUCCUCUAGCAAGAAAUCCGUGGGAAAAGUUGCAUUGGCGAAGAUCCUUGUAGCUGACCUCUGGGGCCGUGGUGGGGGUCCCCCAGCCCUGCGUGUGCAUGCAAGAAAGCCAAAGGUGUGUGUGCAUGGGGGGCCGGCCGUGGAGGCACCCACUCCUGCCACUUCGCCUGGCAUUGUGCUGAGGCUCCCACGACCGACCCUGGAUGCCGAGACUGUGAUGAGCCCCUGCGGGCGGGCCCGGCGACACACGUCCAGAGGGGCCAUGGCCAUGCUGGCAUGGAAGUUCCCGCGUACCCGGCUGCCCGUGGGAGCCAGUGCCCUCUGUGUAGUGGUCCUCUGUUGGCUCUACAUCUUCCCUGUCUACCGGCUACCCAACGAGAAGGAGAUCGUACAAGGGGUGCUGGCACAGCGCAUGGCUUGGAGGAGGAACCAGACCGCUGCCAGGCUCUUCAGGAAACAAAUGGAAGACUGUUGCGAUCCCGCCCAUCUCUUUGCUAUGACUAAGAUGAAUUCUCCCAUGGGGAAGAGCCUGUGGUAUGAUGGGGAGUUUUUAUACUCAUUCACCAUUGACAAUUCCACGUAUUCCCUCUUCCCCCAGGCAACUCCCUUCCAGCUGCCAUUGAAGAAAUGUGCGGUGGUGGGAAACGGUGGGAUUCUGAAGAUGAGUGGCUGUGGCCGUCAAAUAGAUGAAGCAGAUUUUGUCAUGCGAUGUAAUCUCCCUCCUUUGUCAAGUGAGUACACCAGGGAUGUCGGAUCCAAAACUCAGUUGGUGACAGCUAAUCCCAGCAUAAUUCGACAGAGGUUUCAAAACCUGCUGUGGUCCAGAAAGACGUUCGUGGACAGCAUGAAGAUUUAUAACCACAGCUUUAUUUACAUGCCUGCCUUCUCUAUGAAGACGGGAACAGAGCCCUCUCUCCGUGUGUAUUACACACUGAAAGAUGUUGGUGCCAAUCAAACAGUGCUUUUUGCUAACCCUAACUUUCUACGGAACAUUGGAAAGUUCUGGAAGAGCAGGGGGAUCCAUGCCAAGCGCCUGUCUACAGGACUCUUUCUGGUGAGCGCAGCCUUGGGCCUUUGUGAGGAGGUGGCCAUCUAUGGCUUCUGGCCCUUCUCUGUGAAUUUGCAGGAGGAGCCCAUUAGUCACCACUACUACGACAAUGUCUUGCCCUACUCAGGCUUCCAUGCCAUGCCUGAGGAAUUUCUCCAACUCUGGUACCUUCAUAAAAUUGGUGCACUGAGGAUGCAGCUAGACCCAUGCGAGGAACCAUCACUUCAGCCCACUUCCUAGGGACCAUAAAAGAAGAAAGGACCGGGUCGGGUAUUUUUUGCUAGGUUUUCUAUGUGACUUCUAAAAGGAAUGGCCAAAGUAUGUCAUGGAUUGGCAUGAUAGGAAACAAACAAAAACCCAAGCAAAACUUUGCUUUUGAUGUUGGCUUGGAGAACAAUAAGAAGUAAAAUGUUCUGGGGGAACAUUUUAUAUCAUGCUGUGGAUUUGCAACUGGGACAACACCAAGGAGAUGUUGCUAGCAGAUCAUGUGUCUGUGGUUCAAAUCUAGAAGAUGCAAUUCAAGGACCAGAUGAACUCUCAUUGCUGAGGCUGAGGGGCUCAUCAUGGCAGCAUGUGGGAGAUGCUGGGGUAUUGCUGACUGUUAAUAUACACUGGCAUCAUAGUCAUUUUAAAAGACCUGUCUUAUUGAGACUGGCAUUAGAACUGUAGGUUUUUAAAAAUUAUUAUUUAUUUUUGCCCUGUUUAGGGCUAUGGGUGGGUGAUGGGGUAGACUUACAAAAUCCUUCCUGCUGAUUUUUGUGAUUCAUUAAAACAAGUCUAUGUUGACUAUAGUCCCCUCCACUAGUACAGUUUUAAAUAAGAAUUGCUUCUUGCCUCUUUGGUUAAGCUAUUUAGCAUGAAGCUCUGUUGAAGUUAGACUGUGUUGAUUCAUAGUCUAGAUAACAUGAGACACUUCCUCUCUUCAGAAAUUGAGAGAGAAACUCAAUUUUAGGUCCCCAUUACAUCAACCCAUUGGCUGUGUUGCUAUUAUUUUCAAAAAAUCACUACACGUGCAAGUACAUUCUUUACUUGUAAAGUGGCAAAAGUGUCUUCCUUUAAUGAGAGCUGAAAUAGGUCACAGCGAGUAAGAACUUGACAGACCAGAAGGCAGGGGGCCCUUUCCUCUUUAACAUGAAUAUUUCCCUUCAAGAUAACUCAUGCGUGUGCACAUAUGAAUGUUUUCUUUCAAGAUAAUGUGUGUAUGCACACAUAAAUAUAGACACAUACACUCGGACACACUAUACAAAGUAAUCAAAGAUUAUUCUCAUGUGACUAUGAAAACUGAGUGCGCAUGGCCUGGUGUUGGAGAGCUGCAGAGAUAGAGUACGGAGUCCAUCCCACAUUGACGUCAGUUGAGCCGGCACAGCAGUUGCUGUCAGUUUGCAUGCCAGCACAGGGUGCAAGCUUUACCCUCGAAUACACAAUCCAGAAUGAAAACUGCCCUCUUACUCAUGCUGCCUCCUCCCCCCCAAACCUCAUGAAUGGGCCUUGUGUUGAGCACAGUGACAUGUGACGUGGCUCACACAGGUGAGCAGGUAGGAGCCACUAGCUGUGGACUUCCUCAGUGUCAGGUGGGGCUGCUGGGCAGCUUGGCACAGCAGCUCUAACACAACACGGCAGGGGCACUCUGCUUGCAGAUUACGGCCAAAUGUGUUUACUGGAGGUAAGGGACAAGCAGGGACAUCUUUCAUAGUGUUUGUGCUUUGAGGCGUGUUAGGCUCCAAGGAGAUGUGAAGACUCACGCUUAUUCUUUCAAGUGUUGUCAUGAUGUAGGCAAAAUCAACCCACAAGCUCUUCUGCACCGUGAAGAUAGAAACUUAGUAUAUUGAGCAUGUCUAUGAAGACAGGGGGCUUUAAAAAGAAGGCUAACUUAUAAGAUAUCAGAGUUGUUGAGGAGUUGUUCAUCUAGGGGCAGGGGGUUUCCAAAUGUGGUUAAAUAUCCAGGUCAUUCUAGAAAUCAGCAUUUGGACCGGCACGAGGUGCCACGAUGGUGCACAGCUUGUGGCGAUGUUUAGAGAAUGAAGAGCUUGGGAAGCUCACCACUGUGCAGGGCUGGCUUAGUGUUUCUAUCCUGUGCGGCAGCAUCAGGGUAUCAGGAAGGCAGGUUGAGUUGUGUUAGUCCUGUCUGUCCAACCCUGAAUAUAAUCCCUGUUUUGAGUGACUAGAAGUUAGUAAUUACCUAAGAAAGAAUACAUUUUUACCAAUAGAUUUAUUAAAAGUGUAAAAGGUCUAAGAAAACAACAAAUACAAAGAUUAAUUAAGUGUGCAUUCAGAUGAAUGCAUUAAUUGGUCAAAAUCUGAAGAAGCAGCUCAUAAAAUCCACACAUCACGGUUCACGGAGAAUGCUGUCUGGGAGUCUGAACUCUCACUACAGUUCCUGGAACAGGUCCGUGUAAGAGACUUGUGUGUUUAGUCUAUGAAUUGUAAAGUUGUUCUGCAUGGCAUCUGAAUUGCGGAAUGGAGAUGAUCAACACUGUCAGCUGACCUGUGCUUCCACCUGCGCCGACUUCCCUGCCCCUCAGGUGCCAUGAGCCAACACCUGAGGACAUUUUUCAUUGUUAUGACCAGGAAUGCCAGCUGCUUGUGGUAGGAAACAGCCAUGGAUAGUGGACCAACAGCAGCAGGUCAGCCGCUUACCACAGAGAACGACCCAGAGAAAUGUCAGUAGCGUGAAAACUGAGAAACCCCAAGGUAGACCAAAAGGAAAGUUUGACUGCUCAUACUGUCUGCCUUUUAGGACAUAGGUACAAUGUUCAUGUCGCAAACAGCAUUGCUGCAACCUUUAUUUUAUAGUGACAAUUCAUAGGUGUGUUAUAUGUAUAACUUUUUGUGUGUUUGGUUAGAUGAUGUAGUUAAGCAAGAGGUAGGUCUCACCACCCCCUCUGUGUGUGUGUGUGUGUGUGUGUGUGUGUGUGUGUGUGUGUGUGUAUUUACAUUAUUUUUAGUAAAAUAUAUGUUCCUACAUAGAAACCUCUCCAGAAUUGUCCUGUAGAACAUUCUGGAGUACCCUUAGGAGAUUGUUUAUUAUUCAAUUCUACUUAUUGAAAUUAAGGCCUUCAGCUCUGGGCCUGGUCCAUUAAUGUAUUUGACCUUUAAUGGUUAGACAGAAGGGAUUUGCAUUAUGGUGGACAUGUUCAAUAAAAAGGAUUUAAUUCAGUUCAGUGCAUCUGGCAAGGGAUGAUGCCCCUUCUCUACCACCAAUUAGACCAAUGCUUUAAAUGUGUGUAUGUGUGCAUGCAUGGCAGUGUACAUGAGAGACAGAGACAAAGAGAGACAGAGAGACAGAGGGAGACAGAGAGAGAGAGAGACAGACAGACAGACAGACAGACAGACAGACAAAAGUAAGAUUGCUUCAUGGGGGUGGGGACAGGAAAGGAUGCAGAGACUGCAAAUGAGCACCCAGAUAGGAACUUCCAUUUUAGUCAACUGCAGCUUGAGAAUUGCUUUGGUUCUCAAGCUCCUGAGUGAGGAUGGCUGCUAUUUGAUUUCAAUCACACUUCACUAAAAAUUAUGCCAGAUGGAAAGUAAGUUAUCCCACCAGAGAUAAAGCUUGUAUGUGAAAGAUCUUUUCACAGAUGAUUACUGUGGACCCAUAUACUCACUAUAUAGUGCUUCACAAAAGUGCAUAAAAAUCAUGUGCUUGAGCUAGCUUGUUCACUUUUAUGACUUCGUCAAAGGAAGUGAGCAGAAGGAGGGCCUUGUCGGCCCUUAAGAGUGCUGACUGUUCAGUUCCUGACACGUGCUUCCCUGUGCAGCUGCCUGUCACUCCAGUUCCAAGGGAUCUGGUGUUCUCUUCUGGCCUCCAUGGACACUGCAUGCAAGUGGGAUCAUAUACAUACACAUAAUAAGUGAAUGCAUCUUAAUAAAGGUAGAGAAUUCAUUCUCUAAAGUGGCAGGUGUUCAGGUAGUGCCCUUUCUGCUGCUUUGUUGGGAAGCCAGUCAUCUAUAGUUUUAAUUUCUAUGUUUGAAAAAUAUCAGCUGUGUGGAAUUUUUUGCUGGCAAAUCCUUGUCAGGAGGGAUCUAAUGAGAACAUCAGUCACCAGUGCACUGAGGGGUCUUCACCUUAGGAACUGCCGUGCCUAAGCUUGCACUUUCUAAUCAAAGCGCUCCCAUGGCAGAGUCUGGUCACCUUGACCCAGUUGCAGCCCUGCAUAUGAUCAUGAGGAGUAGAGCUCUAGUCUCUGUGUACACAGAUGAACUUUCUGAAUCCCCAAAGCUAUGGAGAUAGCAAAUAUCCCAUAGUUCCUGUGCUGUGUCUUUGAAAUCAUGAACUUCUAAAGCCCAGAGUCCACAUUUAGUCUUUAAAUGUGAGGCCCUAUACAGUUUCUGUUUUAUAAGGGAGAGAGUCUUAAAUUUGUGAACAUCACACACACACACACACACACACAUACACAUAUGAAUAGUAUCUGCCUUAUUCUCAGCCUUAAUGUGCCAUUUGACAUUUUCACAUACAUCCCAGAGAUGAAUGAUUGACGUGUGUGUAUGAAUGGAAAGGUCAUUCAUACUAUUCAUACUAUCUAACCUUUCUCGUUGAACAAGGAAGAAACAUGCUUCUGUUUCCUUGUUUGGGUUUUCUCUCUGUUGCUGAUAUUUGUAGUUUCUUCUUCCUUUAACACAGAGAAACAAACAUAUUGAAGUGAAUUAUAAUAUCAUGAGCACUUGAGCCAAAGCCCUUGACUACCACUUGAUAGGGCACAAAAGAGGAAUUAUAUUUUAUGGUUGCUCAUUUGCCUAUGACUCUCAGUUUCACUGCUGUGUUAAAAGCCUUCUUGGUUUUGCUUUUCAAUCAAAACUUGGGGAUUCAAUCAAUGACACAAUGUUGUCCAAGAGUUUUAUGGUGUAAUACCCAAAUAUAGUGACCAUGUUUCUUCCAGCUUCUGUAUAAUUCGACUCCUCCAGGUAACUAUCACUUUCAAAUGUAUGUUUCAUGCAAUAACAGUAAACACCAAGAGAUGUGACUUAGUCCAAAACAGAGAAAACUGGAUUCAUGGAAUUCUGGAUUUCUCUGUAUAGUAACAGAAAGAAAAAAAUGCAAUAGAGAAAAUAUGUGACCAAAAUGAGAACUAAGAGCAAAUAUUGAUUUUUUUUCUCCACUGCAAAGGACCUAUUGGGAGGGGUCUCAGCCUCAGAAGGAAGCUCGGCAGACAGAAAGGAAGGGAUUGUUGUCUUAGAAUGCAUUUGCAAGAACGGAAUGGUUUCAAGGUAACUGAAAGGGAGUGUGUUGCCAUGCCAUCAUUAGGGUUAGGAUGAAAAGAUGCUAGAUGGACCAUGAGCAUGGAUUGCGAGGCUGUUGUGGGGAAGACUCGAAGCUGGUACCUGUUUUCUCAUGUGGAUCUUGGAGGUCUUGGAGGCCUCAGGUUCCUGUGCCGCCCACCAGGCAGUGCCCUCCUGGGUGCCUGUGUUCAGUGAAGCAAACACCUCCAUAUCCCUCUGUCACCUGCCUUUUGAUUCGUACUCUCAAGGUGAGUUAUAAUUUAGCUCUCCUGUCAAGAUGAUACAGUGAUGGUGGUAAAUAUCACCCUGAUGUUGACUGGUGGAUGUGGUCACUAUACACUGCACAUAGCAAGAGUUACUGUUAGCUUCCUGUCCCCACAAUGAUUCCCAAGAGAGGCGAUGGCAACCUAGAUUCAUUAUCCUUCAUGUUUCAGUUCAAUCUUUCUCCCUCCCUCCCUAUCUCCCUCCUCCCUUAUAUUAUUUAUGCCCACAGAAAAUAGAAAGUAACGUAAUGUUGGGGAGUGGCAGAGGGUGCCUUAACUUUUCCUGGCUCGGCUCCCCACUUACAUAUUCCCUUCAUGUGUUUGUUGCUUUGCAGAUGUUUCCAUGUCUGUCCAACUUGUACCUUUAUCAUCAGCAAGACCCUUUUAAAUGUAGCAAAUGGGACUAUUUUAUAGAAAUUCAUGAUAGUAUAUAGGCCUUGGAGAAGUCUGAUAAUGGUGUGUAAAUAUCCUUUGCUCAGUUGUGGAACAUUUUUCUAAGGUCUUUUAGGUGAUAGCUACAGGAAGAUUCCUAGAGUUAAGAAUGUUUUUCCAGAAAAUUCCAGUAUUCACAGAAGCAAGGAACCAACCUAUUGCUGUUUUCCAUCCUGUCGUCAGCACUGACAGGCUUCUCUCUCCACAGUUAGGGUGACUGAUGGCUACCGUGGUGCACCAUAAAGACACUACAUAUGAGGAGGGGAGAGAAAAGACAUGCAACACACAAUUCUAAAGCCUGCUUCAUCUUUACAAAGCUCUAUAAUAUUACUAGACUAAUAGUUACCAUGCAGCAUACUGUGAUCUGCAAAAUAUUGGGGAAUAUUUUUACCUUUAGCCUCUAUCAUUGCUCAUUCCAGACUAUUCCACAGGCAUGCAAGCUGUUCUAUCAGUGCAUAUUUUCAGAGGUUGGGGAAGAGUUAAAGUAGAAAAUUUUAAAUAUUCUUUCUCAUGUACUGUCUACUGGUCCAUGGAUCUAAUAAUUCUAGAGCUUUUAGAUCAGACUAUAAAAUUGAAGUCAACCUUUGAAGUGUUUGCAGAGUGGCGUCCUUCUAUUAAAGCCAAAUUUGAUUGACAGCAAGUGUGGGGUAACCCAGUGCUCUUCAUUUCUUUUCUUUUUAAGAAUUUUAUAUAAAAUGUAGCAGGUAAGAAAAUAGGUUUAAUUGGUACUUUUUAUGGUGUGACUUGAAAAAAAAUGGUGCCUAUCUGUUGGCUGAGAUGAACAGUGAUGUGCCCAGAGGGUCACUGGAAAAAUGUCUUUUCUUUGCUGUGAUCAUGAACCAUGGCUAGCAGUGAGAAGAUUAACUGGUCUCAGUUCUCUACCUCCCUUCCUUGGAGCAUAUUUGGAAAUGUACCCUGUGAAUAAAAUGGGAUUUUUUUCAAUGCA